CGUUGUCGAGACCUGGCGGCUCCCAAGGCCAUUGUCAACAGUGGGCAGCUCCAGCGUGGCUGGAUGAUAAUAACAACAUGCUCUGAUUACGCCCAGCUUCCUGUUCCCCUUCUCGUCCCAUUUCUGCCUGUGACGACCACCUCCUCUGCGCUCUGCCCGGCAAGCAAGCUAUUGAGUGAGGAAUUCCGACUGCUGGCAGUGCGAUAUCGCAUACUAUACUAUCUUCUACAACACUAUUUCGCAGACGAGCUCGCAGUGCGAGCACGGUCUCCCCAACACACUCGACAACCGACACGAUAGGAAUCGCACACCGAGACAAGUGGAUCUGUCUCAUUUCAGAACGAUACACAUUCGUUCACGACACCGACGUUGACGCUGGUUUCUUGACAUAUUGACUCGUAUCUGGAGCUCGUGGGCUGUUUGAAGGAACUGCCUUUGCCGUUGUAUCCUGCAUUGUUCAACCCGGCAUAAGAAAAGCACGAAUAUGCUGCCUACUACUUCUCUUAGUCGGUCGACGUCGCGCUCAUCCCCGCCGCUCUCUCCUACCCCAUCUCAAACGGCUGCACGUCAAAUGUCGCCUUCGUCACAUCAGCCAGGCACCUCACAAGCCCUUCCCCCGCUCUCUAUCUCUCUCCCCGUCACCCCUCCCCCAGUUGCCGCAGGACCUUCCUCAGCGCCACCGCUAUUCGAAGCACCUGCUCUCCCACGCAAAAUUGGCGAGCUGAAUUACACACCCCCACCGCCAGGUACGCCGUUGCCUGCCACACCUUCUCACACCCAGCCCUCGCCUACCACCACACCUCGCUCAGCACCAGCGCGCAUCUUGAACGCCCUCAUCCCCCGGUCAAGACGGCUAUCCGAUGCUAGCUCAACAGCAUCAAGGAAGAAGAAGGUGUACACAGUGUUUGGCUUGCAUGUCAAGACACUCGCCUUCUUCUUUAUCGUGCUGCUGGCGUUUCCAGGAACGAUCGCUGCUUGGGCUUUGGCCUCGAUCCAUUUUGGCGGAUCGUCUCCCACCGCCAGCAGCUUGAACUCUGCGGGAAAUGGGAAUGCAGGUCUUGCCGAGGCAGGAUCAACGUGGAACAAGACGCAACCCGUGACGGCGCAGAUCGACCAGCAGAUGCCAAGCAAUAUGACGCUCCCGUUCGGGGCAAACGGAACGUCGUUCAAUACUACCAACCCUGGCCUAGAUGGGGGAGCCGGCGUCACUCCGCUUACGGGAAAUUCGAACACCACAGUCGGCUUCGACAACAGCACCCUCCCUAUUGCUGGGAGCAACACCGAUGGCUCGAACACCGAUGGCACCGCUAUGGGAAGCGAGCAAGCCAUGAUGCUCUCCGGCAUUGUUUUCCUUCAUGUGGCAUUCACGAUUGGCUCGAUCCUUGAAUUGCUCAUGCUUGACCGCCUCCUGUUUCAGCUCAUCCAACAGCGGCGACAGUACCGUCUCCCUGGAUUCGCACCAGCCACAGCAGGGAGCGCACUUGGUGCGAUGUUCCACCAUGCACGUUGGGGUUCCAGAGACAGCGAGGAAGGGACAGAGCCCGGCAUGGGGGAGGGAGAGGACGCUAGUCCCCAAAGCUUCCUCAUGCGAUAUGCUGCGCCUUGGAACCGCCCUCAGCUGCCAAGCUACCGCACUGCCAUUGGAGUGAGGGAACAGGGUACGGGAGAUGUGGAGGACGAAGUGAUCGUUGGACCCGCUCCCCCAGAGUACGGUAACACCAGGGGCAGCGUGUUGCUUUUGCAGGCGGCAUUGGCAAGAGGGGCGAGUACGAGCAGCCGGCGGAGUGUUAGGAGCACAAGAAGCUCUAGAAGCACUAGGACCACUCGAAGUACUCGAAGCACUAGGAGUCCGGCGCAGAUGGAAGCAGGGCAGGGGGAUACCACUGUGCUCGGAGAAGAGGGAAUCCUGGAUGCGGAGUUCGCAAGGAGGUUGGAGGAAGCGCUUAGUGGGUUGGAUAUGCCUGCCGCUCCCUUACGUGCCGCUCGGGAUUAGUCCUGUUCGGAGCAGGAAUUGGACUUGAUUUAUAUCUCUACUUUU